AUAUUUGGUCUCAAUACAGUUUUCGCCGGUGUGGAGAUAUUUUGUGGGAUUCGCGGCAAAACGAGUGCGAAUGUUUGGUCUGAUAUAAAAACAAAAAAAGUGCUUUUAAAUAUUCGUUUCUAGUUUAUGUUUAUUAGUGAUAACCCAAUUGCCCAAACAUUUGCUUUAAAAUAUAUGCUUCUGAGUAAGAUUUAACAACAUCAACCGGAACACUUACAAGCCUUUCGUAACAAUAUCGUUUUGCACGCGGGAAAUUCCUAUUCCAUACAUCUAUUCAUUCAGUUUAUGACAAAUUAAAGUAGGUAAAAUGCCGUCGAUUAGUCCAAUAGAUUUCUUGGAUAUGGCUGGAAACAUAUUAGAGCGAAUGGACAUAAGAGAUAGUUCGUCUCCGGGUUUGCUAGAUGUUAAAAUAAAUCUUACAGGAGUAGCACAGCACGGUUUCGCAACAGCAAGUGGACUAAAUGAUUAUGAUUAUCAAAAUAUUUCAAGUUUAUCAAUGGGCCCUAAAUCUGCGAUGCAAGUACAUACGAUUAAUAAAAUUCCAAUUCCUUCUGAAAUUUUAGAACAUUUUAAACAUAUAAAAUGUCAUUGUAUGAUGGGAUUGUUUCCGGAAAUCGGCAGAGCAUGGCUAACUAUUGAUUCUGAAAUUUAUAUUUGGACAUAUGAACAAGCACGAGAUGUUGCUUAUUAUGAUGGACUGAACCACUUAAUUGUGAGUGUAGGUUUGGCAAAGCCUAAACCCGGAGUGUUCAUCAACGAUGUGAAAUACUUAUUAAUUUUGACGACACCAAUUGAAAUUAUUGUUUUGGGCGUUACAUUUGCAGACACUACCAAAAUAAUUUCGUCUCCCAUGCGAAAUAUGCAAAGCACUACAACCUUUGAGGAAAUGCAGCUUAUGAAUAAACCAAUUUUUAUUUUAAAUUCAGAUAAUGUUGCUAUUAAUGUCGUACAGUGUAGUCAAAGUGGACGCAUUUUUCUCGGAGGUCGAGAUGGCUGCCUUUAUGAAAUCGAUUAUCACGCUGAUUCUAGUUGGUUCGGAAAGCGUUGCAAAAAAGUAAACCAUUCUCAGAGCAUGGUAUCAGCGAUGGUUCCAAGUUUCCUUAAACUGUUUUCGGAGAAUGAUCCCAUUGUUAAAAUCGUAAUCGAUGAUAAUCGUCAACUAUUGUAUACACUAACGGAAAAAGGUUCUAUAGAAGCAUGGAAUAUGGGAACGGAUUGUGGUAGUAUGCGUCGCAUUGCACGAGUAUCACAAAAUGAGAUUACACAACGCGCCAGCAGCAUAUUAAAAACUGUCGAUAAUUCAAUAUUCACUAAAAUUAAAUCAAUUUGUCCCUUAUCAACCGAUGAUAGUCAAAAUUUAAAUUUACUCGCCAUUACGCAGAGUGGUGUACGGUUAUUCUUUGCUACAAGACCUUUAAGUCCAGCACAUAUUCCCAACCAACAAGCUCAGCUACAACAAACACAACUUUCGCAAACUCUACAAAUGCAUACUACUACUAAUUACCAAACCCCUGGAUCUCCUGGAACGCCUACGUCCCAGACGGCACAAGACUGUAGUAAACCACAAGGCUUAUAUUUAUAUCACGUUCGUCUGCCACCUGGCUACACGCCUAAUACCACCAUUAAUAAGCCAAAGCAGGUACAUUCGGCAUAUUAUAGUGAAGGUACUCUACUAUUAGUAUCAACGUCACAGCAAGACCAAGAUCAUUUAUGGUCUAUUAGCUCAGCACCAUUUCUUAGUCGACCAUACUUGGCAGAAGCGACCGCAAUGCUUAAUUUAGACGGAAUCGUAUGGAGCUUAUCUGAAGUACGAGAUAAAUGUGAGUCAACUCUAAACUCAGUUUUGCGCAAAGCGAAGAAACCUAAAAAAGUUGUGCUGUUAACAAAUCAAGGUGCUCAUAUUAUCGCGCUAUUGAAGCCUGUCGAUAUACUACAGCAAUUGUUGACGGCAUACAAUGGUCCUCAUAAUGAAGCUGUUAAAACUUUCUUUCAAAUACAAACUGAAUGUGAGGCGUGCACAACUUCAUUACUCAUAGCCUGUUCAGAUGAGUAUCGUAACACAGAUUUGGCAUUAUGGGCUGCGCAGGCAUUCCUACUAUACGGAGGAGAACCAUAUUAUCACUUUCAAAUGCUUGCAAAUACACAAGCAGGAGCAUCAAAAAUGAAUCCUAUGAAUUCCCCAUUAGGUAUUGGACAUCAUGGUAUUGACCGUAAUUCGCCACAAAUGUUUGUAUCAACACCGAUGCCACAUGCCGCAGGUGGUGGCUAUCAAAUGGCACGUUCACCACAAUUACCACUUUCAGUGCAGCAGUCCCAAUAUCCAUUAAGUCCAAUACCUGGUCAAGAUACAGGUCACGAUGGCCUGAUUGUCAAUGACUACUCUACGGUUAUAUAUUCUGCAAAACAUGAUGGUCUAUAUUUGUAUGUUGCUCGUCUGCUACGUCCAAUAUGGAAGAAACGUUGUGUUGACGCAAAUUUAUGCAGUACAUUAACGCAGGCCGAUUGUACUUUGAUUUUAGAUGAUUUGUUUUCACUCAAAGUAUUCAUGGAUGUUUAUACCAUAAAUGAGUUAUCUGGAUUGACACGUAAUACUUACUCCACUCAAUCGAACAUUACAAACGGUUAUAGUCAUGUGCUAUCCUCUCACAAUCAACUAACACCGCACGAUCAAAGAAAUGCCACGGAGAAAGCCCAGAACGAAGAGAAACAGUCUCUGAGUGCUUUAUAUCAAUUGGUUAGACAUGUCUGUGAAAUAAUGUCAUUGUGGAAAAUUUUGUGUGAACAUCAGUUUCAAGUACUUGCUUCUCAAUUGUCAAAAGAAGAACAAACAACAUUGAGUUCCUGCACAUUUCGCGACCUUACACUCACACGCACCGAAUCGUGUGCUUUACUAAUAGCCGCCUUAAUUAAUUCAUAUCUCAAAGAUAAUGCAAGCGUCAGCAUAAUAUCAGCGAAAUUGCGGGAAGUAUGUCCCAACUUAUAUCGCCAUGAAGAUGCUGUCACUUUUAAGGCAACUGAAAUAUUGCUUUCUGCUAGAAGUUGUGAAGCAUCCGAAGGAAAGAAUGAAAAACUUAGAACGGCUCUACAGCUCUGUAAGGAUGCUGCACCCAAUUUACCUCUACAAAACAUUUGUCAACAAUUUUCAACGGCUGGUUUUGGUGAAGGAGUUAUCGAAUUAACUGCAACCUGCGCCGCAAAAAUUGAUCCAGAAGAAUAUGGUAUCCGUUAUUAUAAUAGUGAUGAGCCCACCGAAGACAGUGAGGGUUACACUGCGUAUUCCGCACGCAUGUCAUGCUACAAAGAAGUCCGUUCGAUGUUAGAGACUGUCUAUCAAAAUCAUUGUAAUGCUAAUGAAACACAAGAAUUCGAAUUUCAACGACAAAUGUGUGAUACCAGUGAAAACAGUUUUAGCGUUCAAAUACGCAAGUUAGUGCAUUUGGCUAUACAAAUAAAAGACCCACUACUGCAUAUAACUAUAUAUCAAUGGUUGAUGGCACAUGAUAUGAUUUCAGAGUUGUUGGCGUUACCUGAGCCAAGUCUAGGAGAAUUUCUGCGUCGAAAUGUGGUAAAUAAUCCUGGAAAUUUGAACCUAGUCGAUCUCUUGUGGAAAUAUUAUGAAAAGAAUGGUCGUCAUGCAGAAGCUGCACAUAUUUUGGAUAAUUUAGCUAGCACUCAAAAUGAAUCCAUAUCACUUGAUCAACGUAUUGAAUAUUUAGCGAGAGCAGUAAUGUGCAUGCGUAACGAUAGUUCGGGAUUUUCUAUUGCUAAUGGUAUCUUGCUAAAAGAACUAGAGGAUAAACUCGAAAUUGCACGAGUUCAAAAAUGCAUAUUGGAUACAUUUUCCUCAUAUGUAACACCGGAUCACAAUAUAUUGCAGGCUAUAGAAAAGCUAAAUUUUACAUUGUACGAUAUAACACAACUUUAUCAACAAUUUGCUGAUCCGUUUGACUUGUGGGAAUGUAAACUUACUAUACUAAACUGUUCUCAUCACAAUGACCCGUUGUUAAUUGAAACAGUUUGGAGUCAGAUUAUUAAUAAGGCUGUUGACGGCGUGGGUACUACGCAGGAACGAUGCACACGCUUGUUUACCAAGAUAGAAUCGCUAGUUAAAGAGUUUCGAGAGUCUGGUCACUGUUUUCCAUUAGCCUUUAUUAUACGUGAGCUUGAAUUAAAGGCAUGUCAACUGCGCUUUCCAGAGGGCAUUGUACCUGACAAGCUGGUCGCUAUGAAUAUAGAUAUUGAUCUUCUAAUGGAAUACUACUUCAGAAUGAUUUCAAUAAACGAACGUGUUUGGGCAAAUGAGGGCAAUGAAUGGCAUUUGGUACAAUCCUCCAUACGCGUUGUUACCUUGCUAUGUGGGCAAAUGCGGUCUAUGUGGCAUCGUUCUAAAGGGCGAAUUGUUGGAAAAGCGCAGGAUAUCGUAUCGACUUGUUUAAGUUUCUGUUACCAAAAGCCUGAUACUGAAAAACUGCGAAAUACACUCAAAACAUUACAAUGCCAAUUGCAAGAUAAUUUAUUGUAAAGAUUUUAAAUUUUUUAUAUCAUUUAUCAAAAUAAAAAUAUAAAUUAAAAA